AUGGGUCUCGUCAACGAGUAUGCAGCCGCACUCUUUCCCUUCCUUCCAGCAUUCCUCGUGUGUGUGUGUAUGUGUUUGUGUUUAUGUAUGUGGACGAGAACUUCCAGCAACUAUAAAGUGCUUCCAUGUAGUUUGCAAUCUGGCGUUGCGAAUCAGCCAAGCCUCAUACACAUGACCACCAAGUGGUGGGGGUGGGCAAUGCUAGCAGGAGAGGGUGAAAGGCCAAUAACCAGUACCUUAAAACUGGUGUUCUGUUGGUUCCUGGGUGAGGAUGUUCGUCAGUUUCGCAAGCAACCCACCAAGGAUAAGGUCAAACUCUGA